AAUGGUUGAGUGCGGGUGCAACGCUUAGAAAGUUUAGUCGCUUGACGACAUCCAUGGACUGUUUUCUUUCUUCCAAGUCUUUGUGAAGGACUAGUUAAGUAGUUUACAACCUCUUUUAGCGACGCUCCAAAAUCCCAUGUCGGAUUUCAUUGGACGACAAGAGCACCAGCUUCAAUCAUAUAAACUCGAAACCGAGUGUUUCCGCGUGCGUUUUGGCCGUGUUGCAGCGGCGGCGCGAGCUGAGAAGAGCCGAGAUCGGGGUCGAAUGAGGCGCGUUCGAGACACCCGACGGAUAACGCCGUGCGACGAGAGCUUUGCUGUCUCGGCGUCGGCACCAUCGCGCUCUCAGAUCAGACAUAGCGAUGGAUGACCUCUCUCGAAUGAUGGACGCUGAUGGCGACAUGGAGGACGAGGCCGCCAUGAUUAUGAUGGACACGGGCAAGGGGGCGGGCGUGGCGAGCGCCGCGAUACGAUCACCGCUAUCCAAGACAAGGUCGCUAUCGGACGGAGGUGGAACACCAAAGCUAACCCCGUCCCCCCAUAUCUUCGAGGUCUCGCAACGGCAGACCAAGGACGACAUUGGCAUCAGAGACAAGGAGUCGGAGUCGUCUUUGCUCCCGUCAACACCUGUGCGCGCAAAGUUCCCGCUGCGAGGUCUCGCGCUCCAGCUGCCCCCGCGGGACUCAACUUCGCCCGCCCAGUCUAAACCCGCCCCGCUCUCGCCCAAACUCGACCAUUCCCAAACUUACGCGUCGCCGACAAAUAUUCUGCCCCGGCGCUCGCGCGGUCUGGACUUUUCGCGGGCGGCCACGAGCCUACACCACUCCACCCUUGCCGACCAAGCGUCGCCCGACUCGUCGCCGACCAUCGGCUCGCGCGCCAUGAACAUCCCCGGCCGCCGCAACGGGGACUACGGCAUUGCCGAGCAGUCAUCCAAUUCUCUGUGGUCAAUCAUUGGCAACCAGGAUCGCAUGCUCAUCUCGAGUUCCCUGGGGAGCAACGCCCACAUUGGCUCCGACUCGUCUUCGAGCUCAGAGCCCGACGACUUCAUGGACGAGGAUAUGGAUGAGGCCUACGUCACUACACCGCACGCUUCGAGAAACAUUGCCCUGCACGGCGCCCCGUGGAUGGCCGCUGGCGGCUCGCCCGCCGUCAAUAGCCUCUUGAGCUUUCAACAGCGGCAGCGGCAGAGGAAGCAGAACAAGAAGAAGUUGCGCGGGCCGUUGGGUUUCGCCUCAUUUGCCUCUCCUGCCAACCCUAAUGUUAUGUCCAAAUCGCCCCCCAGCAACAUGGGUGGCCAGAAAGACAUGUCUCCCCACGCCAGACGCGAGAGCAUAAGUUGGGCGGCGAACCAGCUACAUAUCUCCGGAAACGAGAGCGAUGACAAUGUCAACAAGGGGUUCGAUAGCCCGGGCGUCGUCCGCCGCCCUGUUACGCGCCGAGGGAACCUCCUCCCAAAAACCAAGGGCUUCGCACGCAUUCGGGCCGCUUUGGCGGAAGAGAGCGCUCCGGUUGAAACCGAAUUUCGUCGCGAGGCAGAGGUAGUUCGCCAGGUGCGCGAAAGCGAUAUGGAUCUCGAACCUAGAAUGCUUACCUCUCACUCGGCCGCCACAACAGCCUUGUCCAGCCCCAACCUAGCUGCCCAGGACAGCCUCGACGACGUCUCGGAAGACAUCAUGAUGAUGGAUCCCACAAUGGGGAGCGGUCUUGGCAUGACGGCUGGCGGCGGCGGCACCUUCAAGCAGCAAGUAAUGAGGAACUCCAAGGGCAAAGGCUUCUGGGACACAUUUUCGGAUGGCGGCAGCAGUAGUAUGAGUGCGCCGCGCAUCACGCCGCCGCCGCCGCCAUUUGCGCUGCUCGCGCGUGGGUCGUCGGCCGGCCUGAGCCUCGAUGAUAUCAGCAUGGACUCACCGUCAGCUAGCUCCACUGGAGCAAGCCAGAAUGCCUUUAUCCUCGCUAGUGGCGGCGUGCAAACCACGACGAGUAGCUCGAGCAACGGUACUCCACAACCCGUCUCCUACGCCCUUAGCAACGGCAACGGUAGCGGUAGCGGUAGCGGUGGCGCAACCGGUAUCCCCACCGCCGCCGAAAUCACGCGCCGCAUCAACAGCAAACGCCGCCGCGACGACGACUUCGACCCCGUCAGUUUCAAGCGUCGAGCCGUCAGCCCGGGCAUGAGCGUCCACAACUCGCCCAUCAUGCAGAGCCCGCUGCAGCGCGACAUGGUGCCGUGGGGCUCCGGGUCGCGCCCCGGCAGCGUCGGCGGCGACACCACUGCCAGUGCUGGCAAACCUGCUGGCGGCGGAGGCGGGAGCGGUGCGCCUAGCGAGAAUGGCAGCGGAAGCGGUGGUGGAAACGGCAACAGCAACCGCUUGAGCUUGAGCUUGGGUGGGGGCAAAGGCCGUGUGGGCUUUCAGGGUAUGGUGGACACCAAUGAUGGCAUCACGCGGCUGAGCAUCGAAUGAUGCAUCUUGUCUUUCUCGAGGGCUAGGUGGGGAGUAGGAGUGCGUAGCGCUUUUCUUUCAACCUUUUUUUUUUCUUAUUUUUCUCUCUUCUUUGCAUCGAAUUGGCCGCACGGACAGGUUUUUUUACGGGAAGGGGUCGGAAGGAGUCAUCAUUAUCGUUAUCAUCAUACUGUAGCGCACACGGCGUCUUGGGUUCCUUCUACAUCCCGUUCGAACUCCUUUCUCUUUCCUCUUGCUUAUGCUCUUGCCUAGUCUUCUUAGCUCUAUCUGGUCUUUGGUGGUCUGGGAAGGGGUGCUCAUCAGGGCGGUACAUCAAUUACAUGUAAGGUUAAUAUACAGAUUCUCGGU